GGAGGAUCCGAUUGACGAAGGUGACAUACCAUCAAAUACGGAUUGGUUUGACGGGUGGAAUCCGAAUGAACAUAUUUCAGCUUUGAAUUUAGAUGAAAUGGACAUAGGGACACAAACGCAAAAAGAGAUUGACUACUGCAGCACUCCGGUUCAACUAACCGGGGUGAUCUAUGAUCAUGCUGCGUGGGAAGCCUCGAAAAAAAGUAAAAAGUUGGACAGGGUGGCGAAACAAAUCAAGAGUUAGAGGGCGAUGGAGAUGCAAGGUUGGAACAUGAAAACACAGGGAAAGAUAAAGGAUGUGAUGAUGUUCAUAAUACCCCAUUUGAUGAUGGUGGUAUUUCGGACUCAUGCCUGGCUGCCUUACAAACAAUCGAACCAGGCGUAUACAGACAGACUACAGAAGUGGCACAAGCAGAUGUGGUAAACAACAUGGACCAACCUGUAAAUUUGGCAAAGUGCAGUCAGCAACAAGCACAUAAACAGAAUACAAUAACCGACGCCUAUGAUAAAGAAAAGCCUCCGACAACAUCAGCUGAUGAACCUGAUGAAGUGACCGAAGCAGAAAUGCAGUCGGUUGAGACACUUUUAAAAUUGGCUCUAAUCCUACAAACAUCAAGUGCAAGUAAUCCAAAGACUCCUGUGUCAGCGAACACAAAUAAAACGGAUGACGAGAGGCAUACACACCUAGUGAGAACGCGUAUCAAGAUGAUCAGGGAAAAGAACGAAAAGCGGAUGGCAGAACUAGGUGACGCAUACAGAUCACCUUACUGCAACAGGGUAACCGACUUAUAUGAGCCACUUUUGGCACGUGACCAAACAAUCAUCUGUUAUCUCUUAGCUCCGGUGGGAGAUAUUGGGACAUUGAUAUACAAGUCUGACAGUGGAGUCGAAACGCUAAAAAUCAUAUUUGAAACCUUCCACCCAUCGCAAUACAUAUCAUAUGGUGGAAUGGACGCAUUUGUAGAUGUUUUAAACUUUGAAGAGAAAAAAAGGGACAAAAAAUCAUCACCCUACAGGCUGUUCUUGCCAACUACAAUAUUGCAAGACGAAAUGUUUGAGCCAAAAAUCACAGAUAGUGAUCGAUUGAAAGUAUUCGGACCAAGCGUAGACGAUAUAUUGUGUAAGUAUCAGGUGAAGAAAGUUGACAAAGUUGAUCUCAUCUUCAUUCCAGUACUACUUUCUGAUCAUUACUGGUGCCUAUGCUUUAACAUGAAAAAUGGAGAUAUCGAGUUAAUAGAUAACUCUAGGUAUGCCGAAUCGUUUACCAAACGCUACCGUGGACGCCCCGAAAAGCUGCGGAGAGUUCUAAUACUAUACCUAAAAGGCAAAAUUGGACAAAAAGAGUGGAUAACAAAGUUGGAAAAGGCAAAAAUAAUUCGAAAGGAAAUGGAUUGGAGAACUCUUCAAAACGGUUGUGACUGUGGUGUCUUCACUAUGAGACAUAUGGAGACAUACAAGGGCAAAUCUCCAUGGGAUGCAGGGUUUAAAACGGAAGACCAAAAGAAGAUGCAAGAUUCACAACUACGGUUUUUGCGGUACAGGUAUCUUAGUAAGAUUGUAUUGUCCGACUACAAUCUUAUAAGGAAAGAGGUAUACGACAAAGCUACGGACUUUAUGAAGAAUUCGAUACCCGCAGAUGCUUUGCACGAUCUAGAUAUCAAAAUAAGUAACAGAUUGGAUCAGUUCUUCAAGCUCAAAAAGGGGAAACAAAAUGAAAAGUCGUAGUACUACUAUCUUGCU